AUGGAGGGCAGGGACAGCCCCGUCCUGCCCGGGGAUGGGCUGCACACGUCUGGGGAAAGGAAGACAACGUUCACCAAACCCAGACGGUGGCUUGCAACAAGCACUACUGCUCCUCCCCUUCUCCUGAGGCCACUGAGUGCAGGCACAGCCCACCUGCCUCUUCUAAGCCAGAGGCAGGCAGAGACGAGGUUUAAUCUCAGAAUCUCACGGCUGUGCCAGCAGAAGGACCUGAGCCGCACGCACUGCUCCCAGGGCUCCCCCAUGUGCCCCCCAGCAAACGCCAACCACGCUCACACCCGCGCUGCCCUCCACACGGCGCCGUGGCUCCUGAGCUCUCCUCUCCGGACACACAGCUGCUGCCCUGCUUCCUUCCACUCGCACGCUAGCUUUGUCUACACCUUGGAAGGCUGAGGAAUGAGAGAGGUCUCUAUGACUAUUGCCACAACAGAAGUCCUCAAUUUCAGCUUCAAUUCAGUCCCUUCCCUCCAGAAUUACUUCUCUGAACUGAAUUCUCUUUUCUACUUGGACAUAACAAGGUGCCAGAUGAGCUGGGAGUAUGAUGGUGCCUUUCCCAGCAACAGGCAGCUGAAGACAGUAAUUCUGACCAGAAACCUGUUCAUGUUUCUGUCUGCCACAGCAUUUGCUGGCCCAUAUUCCCUGGGGCAUCUUACACAGACAGGAAUAACAAGUAUGUUCUUUAUUCCAAUGACAAAUCUUGGCAUCUUAGGUAUCUUCAUCUUGGGCAGCAACCACACCUCCUCACUGCAGCUUCCUCCCAACUUUCCCACACGACACCUCAAACUCCACUUUCACAUUAACAACACACAAGCAAUCUCAGCAGAAGGUGUCCAAGCUCUGCAGAAGAACAGACACAUACCUCUCAUCCUUAAAGGCAAAGACAUUCCCUACACUGAACCUGGAUCUUCUCAGUCACAUUUCUACAGUUUGGACUUAGUGAGCUGUGCUGACAUCCCUGGGGCCCUGGUGGGGAUCCAGGACUCCACAGCUCAGACCUUUUGGCUGGGAACAUUUUAUGGUGUGGAAAAGGAGCCCUACGUAACCCCAGAUAUUUCACAAGGCCUCUGUAGUGUCUCUGUUAAGGGUCUCUAUCUGCAGUUAUGGCACCUCAGAAAUCUAAAUGUUGACACAUUUCAGAGCUCAACCAGGCUCCAAAGGCUGGACCUAACCCAACCCCACAUCCGUGCACUGCCCCCUGCCAUCAGUGGCAUGAGCUUGCUGGAGGAGAUGGUUUUCAAUGCAAGCUGCUUUGAGCAGCCCUGCAACAGCUCUGCUGCCUUCCCCUCCCUCACCCACCUCCACAUCCAGGGAAACUCACAGGUUCUGCAGCCAGGCUCUGGCUAUUUGGAGAAAAUGGCAAAGCUUCAACAUCUAGAUUUAAGCCAGAGUCACUUUGAAAGUUGAUGCUCUAGCGAAGCAGUGAGAGCUUUGAGCAGACUUUGUUACCAGAAUCUGAGCCACAACAUACACCUCCAUCUCCAGGAAUGCUCAUUUAGGACAGCCUAGAGCUGCCUAGAGCUGCUGGACUUACCCUUCACUCCUCUCUAUGUCAACACCUUACAGAGCCCUUUCCAAAAUCUCCAUCUCUAGCAAGUGCUAGAUGAUCUUUCCUCAUCCCACAUUAAUACCAGCAUUCAGCAUGUCUUUCAAGGUUUGAAAAACUUCAUGUUCUUGGACCUUAGUCAAAAUAACUUUGAUUUGGGGAUCAUGCCAAAGGACAAACUGUUCCAACUACUAUCCAAUUUAGAGGUGCUAAUCCUGAAUGCAUCCUGUGAACUAACAUCAGUAGAUAACCAAGUAUUUCACAACCUCAGGAAGUUACAGCAUGUAGAUCUGAAUUACAACAAGUUUACUGCAUUCAGCACAGGUGCAUUUUCAAAUCCCAAGAGUAUCAGUCUCAGCUGUGUCCAUAACAGGACGCACACUGUAUCAAAUGUCCAGCUAGUGCCCCUAGAUGGCCACUUGAUAAUCAAUUUAAGCUACGACCUUCUGGACUGCUCCUGGUCUAAGAUUGAUUUAAUCACUUAGUACAAGCAAUAUCUGAAUAAAAUUGAAGACCCUCAAAGAACAAGGUGCUCUGAACUUAAAUUUCUAGCUGUUCAGCUGGCCACCAUCUGACUCUCCUGUGGGAAAGACACAUCAGGAAUCAUUGCAGUUGUUUAUCCUGCUUACCUUGAUGGGCAGACAGAACUUUGCUGGUGGUACGACCCUCCUGUCUCCUGGAGCAUGCACCACGAGGAGCUGGCCCAGUACCACUCCUGCUGCGUCAGGCUGGAGCUGCUCUCGGAGAUGUGGAAGGCCAACUCUUUCCCAACACGGAGUUCCCAUGCAGGACUCCACAUUCAGCUUCAGCUGCUGUCCAAAGGCAUUUCCUCAACAUUUUCCUCUCUAACAUGCUGA